GUGCCGAAUCAACAGACCAUCCCUCUCGUGUAUCACCUGAGAGCCGCAGUUCCUCGGUGGUCAGUGAUGGCAAGCUGCACACGGAGACACGGCCAACACUUCUUAGUUCAAAUCGAAUACUUGCAGAGGGCGCACACAUGGUAUACCACGGUCCCAGUUCAAACUUAAUUAAUUAGUGGUAAACAGACUGCACCACAUUAAUCAUCAUCCUGCGGCACAACCAGUGCCCUAAGUGGUAUCCUUUGUGAUCAAUUAGGACCCAUGUCCCUCACAAAGAAUCUGACCAAAAGUGUGCGAUAUGCAAACUAGUGUUGGAUUUUGUGCCGAAAAAACAGCAUUUUGUUUUAUGUGCUUUGAAAAAAAAACUUGGUAUGACCCUCUUUAAGUGAACAUCUCAAGUGAUUGUAACUGAACGUGUUAAGAGAAAUUGAUCAAAAAAAAAAUACACUAAAUUGUGCUGUAGGCUGAAGUUUUUAUUUCUUGCAAAUACGCGGUGUGUGGUGAAAAGUGCUGUUGGUGAGAAAAUCAGUUGGAAUAAACAUAUAAACAAAUUUGUACCGACGAGAAAUUUAUGGUGGAAAUUAAUCAAGUCAUCACCUUGAACUCGGAAGGGCUAUAGUUGAGGUGUGGGACUUACCAGAGUAAAAGUUUAAUCCCGAAAUUGAAAGGGUUGUUGUAGACAGUGAGGGUGCAAAGUCCCUGAGUCUGGACAAAGUGAACCUGGAUCGGAUUGGUGUGGCGGGUUGCUUUGAGGCGCCAUCGAGAACGGGGCUCCCAUGUGUGGAAACGGGUGAGCCACAUCCGCCCAGUGCUCACCUGUUCCACCAUCAGCCGGUCACGGUGCUGCCAUCUACGUCGGUGGAUGAUCCCAAAACUCCAGCCCUGGCUGGGGUGACAAGCUCCUUGGCUAUUCCGGGCACCGGUGGACACACGAGUGCACUAGCAAUGAGUCAACUCGGCACGGUGUACGCCACCAAACGACGGAGACGCAACGGGAAGAGUCUAAAACCACCCCCUAAAGAUGGUGUAACGAAGAGCAACCCCUCGAAACGCCAUCGGGAGCGUCUCAACGCAGAAUUGGACCUCCUCGCCUCGCUGCUGCCAUUCGAACAAAAUAUCCUUAGUAAAUUAGAUCGACUGAGUAUUCUUAGGCUAUCCGUUAGUUAUUUAAGGACGAAAAGUUACUUUCAAGUGGUAAUGCUUAAAGACAAGGAGGAAAAUGGGAUGCUAUCCCACAUACACUCCCACGAUAGCUACCGGAGUCGAGAAUUGGGUGUUCUCGAGCACAAUCUCCUGGACGGCGAUAUGUUCCUUCAGGCCCUUAAUGGUUUCCUAAUGAUUCUCACAUGUGAGGGCGAAGUCUUCUUCGCAACGCACAGCAUUGAGAGCUAUUUGGGCUUUCAUCAGUCCGACAUUGUUCAUCAAUCAGUGUAUGAGCUGGUGCAUUCGGAAGAUCGGGAGGAGUUACAGAGGCAGCUGCUGUGGAACUCCUUCUUGCCACCGGACAUGGCUGGGAUGAGUUUGGCAGAAGCUCUGACUCCGGACAAGUGCAAUCUGCUCGAGAGAAGCUUCACGGUGCGAUUUCGAUGUCUUCUGGAUAACACAUCAGGAUUUCUGAGGUUGGAUAUAAGGGGGCGCGUUAAAGUGCUCCAUGGGCAGAAUCGGAAAACAGAAGAACCUCCUCUGGCACUCUUUGCCUACUGCACACCCUUUGGUCCUCCGAGUCUUCUGGAAAUCCCUCAGAAAGAGAAUAUGUUCAAGUCAAAGCACAAACUUGAUCUGUCUCUUGUGUCGAUGGAUCAACGGGGAAAGAUGGCCCUUGGGUACUCGGAUGCUGAACUUGCCAAUAUGGGAGGUUACGAUUUAGUACAUUUCGAUGAUCUCUCAUAUGUGGCGAGUGCCCAUCAGGAAUUGCUAAAAACUGGUGCAUCAGGGAUGAUUGCAUAUCGCUUUCAGAAGAAGGAUGGCGAAUGGCAAUGGCUUCAAACGAGUUCCCGCCUGGUGUACAAGAACUCCAAGCCGGAUUUUGUGAUAUGCACCCAUCGACAGCUGAUGGAGGAAGAGGGUCGAGAUCUGCUGGGAAAACGCACUAUGGACUUCAAAGUGAGCUACCUGGAUACCGGUCUGUCGUCCAGCUAUUUCACUGAGGCUGAUCAAAUUGUUGUCCCACCAACUGGUUCACCCAACUCCCUGCCACCGCCCGUAACUCCACAGCGCACCAAUCGACGCUACAAGACGCAACUCCGUGAUUUCCUCUCCACAUGCCGAUCCAAACGCAAAUUGCAACAGCAAUCACAACUUGGACAAAUCACUCCUCCAGUUCCUGUUGUGGAGUACAUCCCUGAACCAACUAUUGCUGUGGCCACAUAUCCAAAUCUCAAUCCUAUGUACUCCACGUCACCUUACCCGCCCACACCUGAAAAUCUCUACAUGACACCGUCGGUGCACUCGACUAACUUCUAUUCUGUGCCCGAGAACCUCUUCCAUCAGUACCGUCUUCAAGGAGUCAGUGGAUACUAUCCGGAGUACCAUCACUCACCUGCACCCUCACCUUAUGUCACCAAUGGCUUCCUGCCCUAUGAAGGCUACGGACUCUCGGCCAAGGAGGAGAAAUGGCAAGAGAGUGGGAAAUAUUAUCCUGGAGCAGAUGUCACAAGUCGAAGUCAUGUGUAUGCAUCGAGCUACGGGAGUCCAACAACGCCUCAGAUAAUUCAAUCCAACCUAAAGACGCCAAAAUCAUCACCGCCAAUUAUGGAUGUGGUGUCUUGCUCAUCAGGCGGUCCGUCCCCUGUCAACGCUUCCUCAGCGGGUCUACCACUAAAUUCUGCAACCCCUGUAACGAAUCAAACCACCCCAGUUUCCGCAUCUACAACUCUAUCUACAACAGCUCCUUCCAGCAACAAUGGCAUCAUCACACCCAAAGUCGAGAGUUCCCCUCCGGAGCACUAUGAGCGUCAAACAGUUCUAAUGUGGGGCGCUACUGGAGCUCCUCAAGCUACCAAUCGUUCCCCUAAUACAACACCCACAUCAAACGGGAUGUACAGCGAGGCGCAUCACUUGAAGAUUUCCAACCAAAUGGCCAUGUCUCCGGCUAUUGAAGAUUCCCACCAUCAUCAUGGUCAUCACAACUCCCACCUCAAAUGGAAUGGGUCAAGUAAAGAUAUCGCCUAUCCCAGUAUCCACCAGCCCCACCAUGAAUCCACUGGCCUCGAGCAUCCUGCCAGCACCAUGUACGCCCAGGUGAGCCAGGCUGCAGGACUAGGUCAUCACGGUGCACCCCAUAUCAUUGGCAAUGACCACAGCGUGCUGCAUCAGUCUCCUCAGGGCCAUGCUGGUGCUCCGGCAACCCCCCAGGGUGGUGCAGGAGUGGGUGCCCAGGCACAGACGGUCGUUGGGAGCAGUUGCGAGGUCAUCAUUGGGCGACACCACCCAGUCACACUAUCUAUCGCGCAACAACGGAUACAUGGAGCAUCGCCAACGAGGCACCAUAUCUCCAACAUCACCGCUCACGCCUACGCAUCCAACUCGUUCCCCGAUCACGCGGACGGGAGUCCUCUGCUGUCCUUCUCUGAGGUGACCAACACGCUGCUGAACCAGUGAAUCCCGCGGACUCCGGCACCAGUGAAGCCAACCACCGACGGAAAUUGAGUCAUAGUGAGAGCCGCUGUUAUUCUAUUUUGUGUGCAAUGUGUUAUAAAGAAAUUGGAUAUCGAACAAACAGCAAGUGUUGCAUAUGUAUAUGUAAAUUAAAACCAUUUUCCGGAAAACCUAAUAGAUAUUUAUUAUGAUAUUUAAAUGUGUAACUAUAAUGUAUAUUGUACAUAGAAAAUCAUAUGGAGAAAUUAUUUAUAGAAAAAAAAGAAAAAGAAAACUCA